AAUCAAACGGAAGCUCACUUUCUGUUACAUUUAUCCACCUUCAAAUGAAGUGGACACCAAUGGUGUGGAAAGAGAAGAUAUCAAAUGUUUAUGAAACCUCUGCCUAUUUGCUUUCUCUGGUAUGACUGCAAAACCUACACUAACACCACAUCAGACAAGUAAACGGAAUAAAUUCUACUCACAGAUCAGCGACUACUAAGGCCAGUGAUCUCAUGGACAGCAGCCCCCUAAGGAACAUUGGAAGAGGCAAACAUGGCAAAAUCAAGAAACCACGUGGGGGACUUCUUGGAGGAGUUCAGAGAGCAGAUCAUUGCGCAGGUGAGAUUAUCUGGGCCCAUAGUAGACGCUGUGAUCUCACAACAUCUUAUCCCAGAAGAGCUGGCACACAGCGUCCGUGCAGCCCAGACCACACAAGACCAGAUGAGGGCUCUGUUUGAAGCCGUAGAGAGAGAGACACCACAAACCAAACUUGCAUUCCAUCUGAUAUUGAGACGGAAAGAGCCUGAACUCAUGGACAAGCUAGAGCAGAGACAACGAAACAGUAAGAUGACACAGACAGGAUUGGAUCAAAGGUAUGGAGAUACCACAACAUUAGAGGAUAAGACCACACCAAAACUUGGCAUACAGACAAAAAAGGAAUCUCUUAAGAGACGAAGACAAGAAACAAUGCAAGCAAUUGAGGAGAUUGAAAAACUUUGGGAGGGGUCAAGAAGGGAGAGAAAUGAAACUAACUACAUGAAAGCAAAGAUUAAGCAACAACAAGAGGAAAUAGAAAGGCUAAUGGCUGAGAAACAAGAGCAAAACACAAAGAUGGAGCUGAUGAGGAUGGAGAUCCAGAAUGUGAAUGAAAAACUGAAACAGAACAUGGAGGAAAUAAAUAUAGAGAAAGACGGAAUACGACAAAUGUGGGCUGAUGUCCAAACAGAGAAAGACAUUCUGGAGAGAAGAUACAAUGAGACCAUUAACGAGAGACAGAGUUUGGAAUUGAUCAAGUAUGAGACAUUGAGAGCAAAAGAGGAGAUGGAGCACUGCAAGGAAACAACCAAACAAGAGCAGGAGAAAAUGGAACAGAUUAAGGCUGACAUUCAGGGACAGAUAGAGGACAUGGAAAUAAGAAUUGCAGAAACCAAUCAAGUAAAAGAAAAAAUGGAAGCGAUGAAGGCCGAUGUACACAGGGAGCAAGGUCAGCUGGAGACAAAAAGAGAUGACAUUAAAAGACAAAAAGAACAGUUUGAGCAGAUUAAAUGUGAGAUAAACAAAGUAAAAGAAGAGAUGGAUCGAAGGUGGUAUGAAACGGAGAAAGAAGAGCUUGAGCAGAGAGUUAGGAUCCAGCAAGAGAAAGAGGAACUUGCCAACGUAAAAGCUGAGCUGCAGAGAGCAAAAGAGGAGGUUGAUCAAAACAGGGAGAAGACGAAGCAAGAGAAGGACCUGGUCAACAAAAUGAAAGCAGAAAUUCUUCUAGAAAAGGAUUCACUUGAGAAGGACAAACAAGAAACAUUACGAAAACAAAAGGAGUUGGAGCAGAUCAAGUAUGCGAUUCAAAUGGACAAAGAGGAGAUUGAGCAAAACAGAGAGGAAGCAAAGCGAGAGAAUGAUAAGAUGGAACAGAGGGAAGCUGAACUGCAGAGACAAGUGGAAAAGAUUGAGAGAAACAUUGAGGAGACAAAGCAAGAAAAUUACAGAAUGGAAAACGUAAAAGCAGAGAUACAGAGAACGAAAGAAGCCCUGGAGAAACAAAAAGAUGACACCAGGCGAGUGAAGGAGGAAAUGGAGAAAAGAAGGUAUGAGACUGUCAAGGAGGAGCUGGAGCAGAGAGCUGAAAUACAGAGACAGAGAGAAGAAGUGGAAAUGCUCAAGUCUGAAAUGCAGAAAGCCAAGGACGUUGAAAAAACAAGAGGAAACCGAGAGAGAGAGGAAGCCAAAAAGUGGAGUGAAGAAGUAAAACGACAGAGAGAUGGGAUCAAACAAUUGAGAGCUGAAGUUCAGAAGGAAAAAGACAACGUGGAGAGGAAAAAGCAAGAGACAAUGAGAGAGAGACAAGAAUUGGAGAGGAUUCAUUUUGAAACGCUGAGAAUGAAAGAGGAGAAUGAGCAAAGCAGGGAGAUCACAAGAAGAGAAAAGGAGCAAAUGGAGCAGAUGAAAGUUAAUAUACAGAGACAGAUAGAAGAUAUAGAAGAAAAAGUUACAGAGACAAAACAAGCAAAAGACAAAAUGGAAGAAAUGAAAGCAGAGAUACAGAGACAACGUGAAGAUUUGGAGAGUAGAAGGGAAAAGACAGAGAAAGAGAGAGCGCAUUAUGAAGAGGUUAAGUGUGAGAUAAUUCAAUUGAAAGAGGAAAUGGAAAGGAAAUGGUGUGAAACAGAGAAAGACGAGGUGGAACAGAGAGCAAGAGCGCAGCAAGAGACGGAAACACUUGAAAGGUUGAAGGAGGAAAAACAGAAAGUGCGAGAGGAAAUAGAAAGAAACAAGGUGGAAACGCAACGAGAAAGAGAGAACCUAGAAAAAAUGAAAGCCCGUGUGAAAGACGAGAAGAACAUUGCAGAGAAAAUAUCAGAAGAGGCCAAGAUAAAGAAUGAGGACUUAACGGAAAUGGAGCGUAACCUUCAGGAAGAAAGGGAAGAGAUCGAGAGGAGCAAGCAAGUCACAAAGCAAGAGAAGGAAGAGAUCGUAGAGAUGAAGGCUGAACUCCAAAGACAAAUGACAGAAAUAGAGAACCGUGUGAAGGAGACAAACAGAGCAAAAUAUGAGGUGGAUCAGGCAAAGCUGGUCGUACAAAAAGUGGAGUCCCAGCUGAAAAAGCAAAGAGACGAGGCUGGAAGAACAAAAGAGGAAAUUGAGAAACAGAGAUAUGAAGCAGUGAAAGAAGAGCUUGAGCAACGAGCUGAAAUCCAACGAGAAAGAGAAAUGUUGGAGAAAGUAAGAGACGAGAUACGGAGAGCCGAAGAAGACUCCGAAAAAACACAGCUUCAGAGCGAAAAAGGGGACUUACAAAAGAAGAUGGAUGAAAUACAGCAAGAGAGGGAGAUGCUUGAGCAAAUUAAAACAGAGGUUUUGUCAGAAAGGGCCAUGUUGAAAAGACAAAUCCAUGAAACCGCAAGAGAAAGAGAGGACUUGGAAUUGCUUCGGUGUGAGACCCUGGAGAAAAAGCUGGAGCUUGAGAAAAAGAAGGAUGAAGCUGUCAAGGAAGAGCUUGAACUGAGAGCUGAAAUGCAGAGAGAUAGAGAGGAGAUAGAGAGAACCAAGAAGAAAAUAGAGAGGGAGUUAAAACAAGGCAGGGAUGCCACAAGUCUAGAGAGAGGCGAAGUGGAACUGAUGAAGGUUGAAGUACAGAACCAGCAUGAGGAAAUGACUAGAUCCAUUGAGAGGACAAGGCAAGCCAGAGACGUGAUGGAACAGAUGAAGGAUGAAAUUCAGAGAGAAAAACAACUUUUGGAGAGAAUAAGGGAAGAAACAAUAAGAGAGAAAGAACCCUAUGAAACGGUCAAGGAUGAGCUAAACAGAGUAAAAGAAGAGAUGGAAAAACUCUGGGACGAGGUACAGAGGGACGACCAGGAAGAGAGAGCCAAACUGCAUCAAGAAAAUGUGGAGCUGAAUAAGAGAAUGGAGGAAAUUAAGACAGAGAUUAGCCAGAUAGAAACAAUUAAAUUUGACCUAGAGAGACAGAGAGAUGAGAUUGAAGCAAGGAUGGAGAAGACAAAGAGAGAGAUGGACAAGCUGGAACAAACAAAGGCUGAAAUACAAAGACAGAAAGAGGACAUUGAAAACAAGAUGACAGAAACAAAGAGUGAGAAAGAGGAGAUGGAAAAGAUCAAAUCUGAGAUACAGAAGCAGAAAGAGGACAUUGAAAACAAAAUGCAACAAGCAGAGACAGAAAUGGAUGAGCUGAAAAGUGUGAGGGAAGAUAUUCAGAGGCAGAGACAAGAGGUUGAGAACAUGAUGCAGAAGGCCAAGAGAGAGAUUGGAGAGAUGGAACUAGUGAAGACUGAGAUGCAAAGGAAGAAAAAGGACCUUGAACAGAUGAUGAGAAAGACUAAGAGAAAAAAGGAAGAAAUGGAAAAGAUGAAGGAUGAAAUAGAGAGAGCGGAAGAAGAGAUGGAACAAAGAAGGGAAGAGACCAAAAGGGAGAGAGAUGCAAUUGAACAGGCGAAGGCUGAAAUAGAAAGAGCAAAAGAGGAACUGGAGAUUCGUCUGGAAGAGGGCUUUAGAGAUAUUGAUGAGAAGGAACAGAUGAACGCUGAGAUACAGAGAUUAAUCCAAGAGGUAGAGCGAACCAGAGAAAUGGUACGACAAACAAAAGUGGCAAUGGAAAACAGGAUGGAAGAAAGCAAUAUGGAGAUGUGUGACAAAGACAGAGUGAAUGCUGUAAUCCAGAGGUUGAUUCUAGAGGUGGAACAAACCAGAGAGGUGUUAAGAAGGGUGAAAGAAGAAAUGGAACUGAGCAAGGGGGAGUUAAAAGGGGAAAAGGACAAAAUCAGACUGAUGAAGACGGAGACACAAAAAAGAAAAAAAGAGCUGGAGCAAAGGAUGGAGAAGAUCAUGCGAGAGAGGGAUGAGUUAGAACUGGUGAAGUCAAAGAUACAGAGACAACGGGAAGAGCUGAAACAGAAGAUGGAAGAUGGAAAGACUGAGAGUGAAAAGAUGGAACAGAUGAAAGAUGAAAUUGAGAAACAGAGAUGUGAACAACGAGCUGAAAUCCAAAGAGAAAGAGAAAUGUUGGAGAAAGUAAGAGACGAGAUACGGAGAGCCGAAGACGAUUCCGAAGAAAUACAGUUUCAGAGCGAAAAAGGGGACUUACAAAAGAAGAUGGAUGAAACAAAGCAAGAGAGGGAGAUGCUUGAGCAAAUUAAAACAGAGGUUUUGUCAGAAAGGGCCAUGUUGAAAAGACAAAUCCAUGAAACCACAAGAGAAAGAGAGGACUUGGAAUUGCUUCGGUGUGAAACCCUGAAGAAAAAGCUGGAGCUUGAGAAAAAGCAGGAGGAAGCUGUCAAGGAAGAGCUUGAACUGAGAGCUGAAAUACAGAGAGAUAGAGAAGAGAUAGAGAGAACCAAGAAGAAAAUAGAGAGGGAGUUAAAACAAGGCAGGGAUGCCACAAGUCUAGAGAGAGGCGAAGUGGAACGGAUGAAGGUUGAAGUACAGAACCAGCAUGAGGAAAUGACUAGAUCCAUUGAGAGGACAAGGCAAGCCAGAGACGUGAUGGAACAGAUGAAGGAUGAAAUUCAGAGAGAAAAACAACUUUUGGAGAGAAUAAGGGAAGAAACAAUAAGAGAGAAAGAACCCUAUGAAACGGUCAAGGAUGAGCUAAGCAGAGUAAAAGAAGAGAUGGAAAAACUCUGGGACGAGGUACAGAGGGACGAGCAGGAAGAGAGAGCCAAACUGCAUCGAGAUAAUGUGGAGCUGAAUAAGAGAAUGGAGGAAAUUAAGACAGAGAUUAACCAGAUAGAAACAAUUAAAUUUGACCUAGAGAGACAGAGAGAUGAGAUUGAAGCAAGGAUGGAGAAGACAAUGAGAGAGAUGGACAAGCUGGAACAAACAAAGGCUGAAAUACAAAGACAGAAAGAGGACAUUGAAAACAAGAUGACAGAAACAAAGAGUGAGAAAGAGGAGAUGGAAAGGAUCAAAUCUGAGAUACAGAAGCAGAAAGAGGAAAUUGAAAACAAAAUGCAACAAGCAGAGACAGAAAUGGAUGAGCUGAAAAGUGUGAGGGAAGAUAUUCAGAGGCAGAGACAAGAGGUCGAGAACAUGAUGCAGAAGACCAAGAGAGAGAUUGGAGAGAUGGAACUAGUGAAGACUGAGAUGCAAAGGAAGAAAAAGGACCUUGAACAGAUGAUGAGAAAGACUAAGAGAAAAAGGGAAGAAAUGGAAAAGAUGAAGGAUGAAAUAGAGAGAGCGGAAGAAGAGAUGGAACAAAGAAGGGAAGAGACCAAAAGGGAGAGAGAUGCAAUUGAACAGGCGAAGGCUGAAAUAGAAAGAGCAAAAGAGGAACUGGAGAUUCGUCUGGAAGAGGGCUUUAGAGAUAUUGAUGAGAAGGAACAGAUGAACGCUGAGAUACAGAGAUUAAUCCAAGAGGUAGAGCGAACCAGAGAAAUGGUACGACAAACAAAAGUGGCAAUGGAAAACAGGAUGGAAGAAAGCAAUAUGGAGAUGGGUGACAAAGACAGAGUGAAUGCUGUAAUCCAGAGGUUGAUUCUAGAGGUGGAACAAACCAGAGAGGUGUUAAGAAGGGUGAAAGAAGAAAUGGAACUGAGCAAGGGGGAGUUAAAAGGGGAAAAGGACAAAAUCAGACUGAUGAAGACGGAGACACAAAAAAGAAAAAAAGAGCUGGAGCAAAGGAUGGAGAAGAUCAUGCGAGAGAGGGAUGAGUUAGAACUGGUGAAGUCAAAGAUACAGAGACAACGGGAAGAGCUGAAACAGAAGAUGGAAGAUGGAAAGACUGAGAGUGAAAAGAUGGAACAGAUGAAAGAUGAAAUACAGAGAGCGGUUGCAGAGAUAGACCUGGCAAGGGAGGAGAUACAAAGGGAAAAAAGGAAGAUUAAAGAGGACAAUGCAAGGGAAGAGAAGGAUAUGAUGGAGUCUAUGAAAGCUGAGCUUGACAGACAGAAAGAGGGAAAAAACAGAAGGAAAAAAGAAAUGCCAAUGAUGAAGACCACGGUCCAGAGGCCACAGGAUGAAACAGAGAAAGCCUACCUUGGAGAUACAACAACUGAGAUACCAUUUGAGUCACAAGAGCUAAGAACCGCCAUUGAAAAAGAAAGAAGAGACUUGGAACGCAGAGAGAAAAUGAUUAUGAGAGAGAAGUAUGACCUGGAAAAGUCAAAAGCCGAGUUUGAGAAGGAAAAGGCGGGGAUGGAGAACAUGAUCACAAAACAACGAGAGGAGAGCAGACAAAUGAUUGAGGACAUAGAAAAGAAAAAAGAAAAUCUCGAGCAAAUGGAUGCAGAGAUGCAAAGGAAAAGACAGGUCAUCGUAAGGGAAAUGCAAUAUAAAACACAAAAGAUGCAGGAUUUAAAAAAAGCAAAAGAUAAAUUUAAACAAACGCAAGUUAAAUUUAGCAAAGAGAAAAUUGAAAUGGGAAACAUCAAAAAGGCUACCUUGGCGGAAAGAAAUAAACUAGCAGUAGAGCAAGCUUACAUAGAGAAACGUAAGGAGGAGAUGGAAGCCAUCCUGGAAACGACAAAGAAGGAGAAUGAAGAUCUGCUGAACUUAAAAGCUCAAAUAGAGGGAUGGAAAGAAGACAAAGACGAACGGGGUGAACGCCUGAACAGGGAGAGAAAGGAACUUGAAUAUCUGAAAAGUAAGAUUCAAAAAGAAAAAGAGGAUACGAUAAGAAACAGGAACAUUUCGGAAAAAGAGAAAAAGGACUUGGAGCUGAUGAGAUCUGAAAUGCAGAAAGAAAAGGGGAAGAUGGAACAAGAGAAGCUUAAGGUACAAGUUGAGAGACAAAAGCUUGAACAAAUGAAACUGGAGUUACAGAGAAAGUCCAACGACCUAGAUAUGAUCAUAGAAGACACAAAGAGGGAGAAAGUCAGUGCAUCACAAAUUCCUGUCCAAAUACAACAACAAAAGAACCAAAUUGAUUGUUUUGUGGAAGAGACAAAGAGGAGUAAAAUCGAAGAAGAAUUGAUGAGCGCUGAAAUAAAAAGACAGAAAGAGGAGAUAGACAGCAAACAAGACAUUCUAUCAAAUGAGAGAGAAGAUCUGAAUAAACUCAGAACAGAGGUAAACAAUCAGAGAGAAGAGAUUGAAAAUAUCACGCAAGAGCAAAUUAAAGAAACAUUUCUAAUUAAUCAGACAAAGACAGAGAUGGAAAAAGAGAGAUGUGAGAUGGACAGAAUAAAGAAAAUGAUAGAGCAGAAUAUGGAUGAGCUAGAGCAGAGAAAGUGUGAGAUGAGAAAAGUAGAAAACAUAAUUAUCGAACUGAGAAAAGAAGAAGAGAGUAUAACGAAUGAGAUGAACAGGAUGAGAAAGAACACAGAGCAGAAAAGUUUUGAAAUGCAGAGACGGUCUGAAGACAUGAAUCAGCUAAUGGAUGAGACAAGACGGGAGAGGGGGAAGGUUGAAGAACUGGCUAUCCAAACUCAAAAACAAAGAGAAGAAAUGGUGGGUUUUAUGGAAAAGAACAAACAAAAGCAGAACGAACUGGAACUCAUGACUGACAAGAUUGAAAGAGAGAAACAAGACAUCGAAGACAGUCGGGAUGUGCUAACAAAGGAGAGAGAGGAGCUGGAACAAAUGAGGAGUGAGAUACAGCAACAGAGAGAGGAGACAGAAUCUCACAUGGAAGACCAAAGGAAAGAGAAAGAACAUUUGGAACAAAUGACGACGGACAUGAAAAAACAGUUGCUAGAGGUGGACAAUGACAAGGAAAUGAUACAAAGCUCAAUGGGUGAACUGAGAGUGAAAGAGGCAGAAAUGGUGAGAGAAAAAGACAACAUGGAUAACAAGAUGGCUAGGCUCAAAGAGGAAGAGGAUAGAAUGCGGGAAGAAAUAGGAAGGAAGAUGGACAUCUUAAAGCAGGAAAGUUGUGAAAUCAAAAGACUUAGAGAUGAAAUUGACAGUGAAAAGGACCAGCUGAAUGCAAAAUUGCUUGAGUUGGAAAAAAUGCAUGAAGAACUAGAUAGAGAGAAGAAGGAAGUGAAAGACAGGAAGGAUGAAACACUGAAAGAGAAAGAUCAGUUGGAAGAGAGGCGAGGUAAGAUAAGUAAGGAGAAAGAGGAAUUGGAUAUCAGUCUUGAUCUGAUGAAAAGACAAAGGGAAGACUUGAUGAGCUUGAAGGCUGAAGCAGAAGUACAGACCGAGCCUAUGGAAACAGACUGGAAGGAAAAGCUCACGAGGGAAAGACAACAACUUGAAGAUGUAAAGGAGGAGAUACAGAAGGAAAAAGAAGCCUUUGAGAGAAAGAAGGGAUUGACCGUGAAAGAAAGAGAUGAGUUUGAUCUGAUGAAGUCUGAAACCCAGGGACAAUUGGAGGAAAUAGAACAAAACAAACAAGACAUUCGUGUGGAGAAGGAAAAGCUGGAUCAGAUCAAAGCUGAGUUAGAAAGACGGUCUGAAGACAUCAAUCAGCUCAUGGAUGAGACAAGACGGGAGAGGGGGAAGGUUGACGAACUGGCUGUCCAAACCCAAAAACAAAGAGAAGAAAUGGUGGGUUUUAUGGAAAAGAACAAACAAAAGCAGAACGAACUGGAACUCAUGACUGACAAGAUUGAAAGAGAGAAACAAGACAUCGAAGACAGUCGGGAUGUGCUAACAAAGGAGAGAGUGGAGCUGGAACAAAUGAGGAGUGAGAUACAGCAACAGAGAGAGGAGACAGAAUCUCACAUGGAAGACCAAAGGAAAGAGAAAGAACAUUUGGAACAAAUGACGACGGACAUGAAAAAACAGUUGCUAGAGGUGGACAAUGACAAGGAAAUGAUACAAAGCUCAAUGGGUGAACUGAGAGUGAAAGAGGCAGAAAUGGUGAGAGAAAAAGACAACAUGGAUAACAAGAUGGCUAGGCUCAAAGAGGAAGAGGAUAGAAUGCGGGAAGAAAUAGGAAGGAAGAUGGACAUCUUAAAGCAGGAAAGUUGUGAAAUCAAAAGACUUAGAGAUGAAAUUGACAGUGAAAAGGACCAGCUGAAUGCAAAAUUGCUUGAGUUGGAAAAAAUGCAUGAAGAACUAGAUAGAGAGAAGAAGGAAGUGAAAGACAAGAAGGAUGAAACACUGAAAGAGAAAGAUCAGUUGGAAGAGAGGCGAGGGAAGAUAAGUAAGGAGAAAGAGGAAUUGGAUAUCAGUCUUGAACUGAUGAAAAGACAAAGGGAAGACUUGAUGAGCUUGAAGGCUGAAGCAGAAGUACAGACCGAGCCUAUGGAAACAGACUGGAAGGAAAAGCUCACGAGGGAAAGACAACAACUUGAAGAUGUAAAGGAGGAGAUACAGAAGGAAAAAGAAGCCUUUGAGAGAAAGAAGGGAUUGGCCAUGAAAGAAAGAGAUGAGUUUGAUCUGAUGAAGUCUGAAACCCAGGGACAAUUGGAGGAAAUAGAACAAAACAAACAAGACAUUCGUGUGGAGAAGGAAAAGCUGGAUCAGAUCAAAGCUGAGUUAGAAAGACGGUCUGAAGACAUCAAUCAGCUCAUGGUUGAGACAAGACGGGAGAGGGGGAAGGUUGAAGAACUGGCUAUCCAAACUAAAAAACAAAGAGAAGAAAUGGUGGGUUUUAUGGAAAAGAACAAACAAAAGCAAAACGAACUGGAACUCAUGACUGACAAGAUUGAAAGAGAGAAACAAGACAUCGAAGACAGUCGAGAUGUGCUAACAAAGGAGAGAGAGGAGCUGGAACAAAUGAGGAGUGAGAUACAGCAACAGAGAGAGGAGACAGAAUCUCACAUGGAAGACCAAAGGAAAGAGAAAGAACAUUUGGAACAAAUGACGACGGACAUGAAAAAACAGUUGCUAGAGGUGGACAAUGACAAGGAAAUGAUACAAAGCUCAAUGGGUGAACUGAGAGUGAAAGAGGCAGAAAUGGUGAGAGAAAAAGACAACAUGGAUAACAAGAUGGCUAGGCUCAAAGAGGAAGAGGAUAGAAUGCGGGAAGAAAUAGGAAGGAAGAUGGACAUCUUAAAGCAGGAAAGUUGUGAAAUCAAAAGACUUAGAGAUGAAAUUGACAGUGAAAAGGACCAGCUGAAUGCAAAAUUGCUUGAGUUGGAAAAAAUGCAUGAAGAACUAGAUAGAGAGAAGAAGGAAGUGAAAGACAGGAAGGAUGAAACACUGAAAGAGAAAGAUCAGUUGGAAGAGAGGCGAGGUAAGAUAAGUAAGGAGAAAGAGGAAUUGGAUAUCAGUCUUGAACUGAUGAAAAGACAAAGGGAAGACUUGAUGAGCUUGAAGGCUGAAGCAGAAGUACAGACCGAGCCUAUGGAAACAGACUGGAAGGAAAAGCUCACGAGGGAAAGACAACAACUUGAAGAUGUAAAGGAGGAGAUAGAGAAGGAAAAAGAAGCCAUUGAGAGAAAGAAGGGAUUGACCAUGAAAGAAAGAGAUGAGUUUGAUCUGAAGAAGUCUGAAACACAGGGACAAUUGGAGGAAAUAGAACAAAACAAACAAGACAUUCGUGUGGAGAAGGAAAAGCUGGAUCAGAUCAAAGCUGAGUUAGAAAGACGGUCUGAAGACAUCAAUCAGCUCAUGGAUGAGACAAGACGGGAGAGGGAGAAGGUUGAAGAACUGGCUAUCCAAACUCAAAAACAAAGAGAAGAAAUGGUGGGUUUUAUGGAAAAGAACAAACAAAAGCAGAACGAACUGGAACUCAUGACUGACAAGAUUGAAAGAGAGAAACGAGACAUCGAAGACAGUCGGGAUGUGCUAACAAAGGAGAGAGAUGAGCUGGAACAAAUGAGGAGUGAGAUACAGCAACAGAGAGAGGAGACAGAAUCUCACAUGGAAGACCAAAGGAAAGAGAAAGAACAUUUGGAACAAAUGACGACGGACAUGAAAAAACAGUUGCUAGAGGUGGACAAUGACAAGGAAAUGAUACAAAGCUCAAUGGGUGAACUGAGAGUGAAAGAGGCAGAAAUGGUGAGAGAAAAAGACAACAUGGAUAACAAGAUGGCUAGGCUCAAAGAGGAAGAGGAUAGAAUGCGGGAAGAAAUAGGAAGGAAGAUGGACAUCUUAAAGCAGGAAAGUUGUGAAAUCAAAAGACUUAGAGAUGAAAUUGACAGUGAAAAGGACCAGCUGAAUGCAAAAUUGCUUGAGUUGGAAAAAAUGCAUGAAGAACUAGAUAGAGAGAAGAAGGAAGUGAAAGACAGGAAGGAUGAAACACUGAAAGAGAAAGAUCAGUUGGAAGAGAGGCGAGGUAAGAUAAGUAAGGAGAAAGAGGAAUUGGAUAUCAGUCUUGAACUGAUGAAAAGACAAAGGGAAGACUUGAUGAGCUUGAAGGCUGAAGCAGAAGUACAGACCGAGCCUAUGGAAACAGACUGGAAGGAAAAGCUCACGAGGGAAAGACAACAACUUGAAGAUGUAAAGGAGGAGAUACAGAAGGAAAAAGAAGCCCUUGAGAGAAAGAAGGGAUUGACCAUGAAAGAAAGAGAUGAGUUUGAUCUGAUGAAGUCUGAAACCCAGGGACAAUUGGAGGAAAUAGAACAAAACAAACAAGACAUUCGUGUGGAGAAGGAAAAGCUGGAUCAGAUCAAAGCUGAGUUAGAAAGACGGUCUGAAGACAUCAAUCAGCUCAUGGAUGAGACAAGACGGGAGAGGGGGAAGGUUGAAGAACUGGCUAUCCAAACUCAAAAACAAAGAGAAGAAAUGGUGGGUUUUAUGGAAAAGAACAAACAAAAGCAGAACGAACUGGAACUCAUGACUGACAAGAUUGAAAGAGAGAAACAAGACAUCGAAGACAGUCGGGAUGUGCUAACAAAGGAGAGAGAGGAGCUGGAACAAAUGAGGAGUGAUAUACAGCAACAGAGAGAGGAGACAGAAUCUCACAUGGAAGACCAAAGGAAAGAGAAAGAACAUUUGGAACAAAUGACGACGGACAUGAAAAAACAGUUGCUAGAGGUGGACAAUGACAAGGAAAUUAUACAAAGCUCAAUGGGUGAACUGAGAGUGAAAGAGGCAGAAAUGGUGAGAGAAAAAGACAACAUGGAUAACAAGAUGGCUAGGCUCAAAGAGGAAGAGGAUAGAAUGCGGGAAGAAAUAGGAAGGAAGAUGGACAUCUUAAAGCAGGAAAGUUGUGAAAUCAAAAGACUUAGAGAUGAAAUUGACAGUGAAAAGGACCAGCUGAAUGCAAAAUUGCUUGAGUUGGAAAAAAUGCAUGAAGAACUAGAUAGAGAGAAGAAGGAAGUGAAAGACAGGAAGGAUGAAACACUGAAAGAGAAAGAUCAGUUGGAAGAGAGGCGAGGUAAGAUAAGUAAGGAGAAAGAGGAAUUGGAUAUCAGUCUUGAACUGAUGAAAAGACAAAGGGAAGACUUGAUGAGCUUGAAGGCUGAAGCAGAAGUACAGACCGAGCCUAUGGAAACAGACUGGAAGGAAAAGCUCACGAUGGAAAGACAACAACUUGAAGAUGUAAAGGAGGAGAUACAGAAGGAAAAAGAAGCCUUUGAGAGAAAGAAGGGAUUGACCAUGAAAGAAAGAGAUGAGUUUGAUCUGAUGAAGUCUGAAACCCAGGGACAAUUGGAGGAAAUAGAACAAAACAAACAAGACAUUCGUGUGGAGAAGGAAAAGGUGGAUCAGAUCAAAGCUGAGUUAGAAAGACGGUCUGAAGACAUCAAUCAGCUCAUGGAUGAGACAAGACAGGAGAGGGGGAAGGUUGAAGAACUGGCUAUCCAAACUCAAAAACAAAGAGAAGAAAUGGUGGGUUUUAUGGAAAAGAACAAACAAAAGCAGAACGAACUGGAACUCAUGACUGACAAGAUUGAAAGAGAGAAACAAGACAUCGAAGACAGUCGGGAUGUGCUAACAAAGGAGAGAGAGGAGCUGGAACAAAUGAGGAGUGAGAUACAGCAACAGAGAGAGGAGACAGAAUCUCACAUGGAAGACCAAAGGAAAGAGAAAGAACAUUUGGAACAAAUGACGACGGACAUGAAAAAACAGUUGCUAGAGGUGGACAAUGACAAGGAAAUGAUACAAAGCUCAAUGGGUGAACUGAGAGUGAAAGAGGCAGAAAUGGUGAGAGAAAAAGACAACAUGGAUAACAAGAUGGCUAGGCUCAAAGAGGAAGAGGAUAGAAUGCGGGAAGAAAUAGGAAGGAAGAUGGACAUCUUAAAGCAGGAAAGUUGUGAAAUCAAAAGACUUAGAGAUGAAAUUGACAGUGAAAAGGACCAGCUGUAUGCAAAAUUGCUUGAGUUGGAAAAAAUGCAUGAAGAACUAGAUAGAGAGAAGAAGGAAGUGAAAGACAGGAAGGAUGAAACACUGAAAGAGAAAGAUCAGUUGGAAGAGAGGCGAGGUAAGAUAAGUAAGGAGAAAGAGGAAUUGGAUAUCAGUCUUGAACUGAUGAAAAGACAAAGGGAAGACUUGAUGAGCUUGAAGGAUGAAGCAGAAGUACAGACCGAGCCUAUGGAAACAGACUGGAAGGAAAAGCUCACGAGGGAAAGACAACAACUUGAAGAUGUAAAGGAGGAGAUACAGAAGGAAAAAGAAGCCUUUGAGAGAAAGAAGGGAUUGACCAUGAAAGAAAGAGAUGAGUUUGAUCUGAUGAAGUCUGAAACCCAGGGACAAUUGGAGGAAAUAGAACAAAACAAACAAGACAUUCGUGUGGAGAAGGAAAAGCUGGAUCAGAUCAAAGCUGAGUUAGAAAGACGGUCUGAAGACAUCAAUCAGCUCAUGGAUGAGACAAGACAGGAGAGGGGGAAGGUUGAAGAACUGGCUAUCCAAACUCAAAAACAAAGAGAAGAAAUGGUGGGUUUUAUGGAAAAGAACAAACAAAAGCAGAACGAACUGGAACUCAUGACUGACAAGAUUGAAAGAGAGAAACAAGACAUCGAAGACAGUCGGGAUGUGCUAACAAAGGAGAGAGAGGAGCUGGAACAAAUGAGGAGUGAGAUACAGCAACAGAGAGAGGAGACAGAAUCUCACAUGGAAGACCAAAGGAAAGAGAAAGAACAUUUGGAACAAAUGACGACGGACAUGAAAAAACAGUUGCUAGAGGUGGACAAUGACAAGGAAAUGAUACAAAGCUCAAUGGGUGAACUGAGAGUGAAAGAGGCAGAAAUGGUGAGAGAAAAAGACAACAUGGAUAACAAGAUGGCUAGGCUCAAAGAGGAAGAGGAUAGAAUGCGGGAAGAAAUAGGAAGGAAGAUGGACAUCUUAAAGCAGGAAAGUUGUGAAAUCAAAAGACUUAGAGAUGAAAUUGACAGUGAAAAGGACCAGCUGUAUGCAAAAUUGCUUGAGUUGGAAAAAAUGCAUGAAGAACUAGAUAGAGAGAAGAAGGAAGUGAAAGACAGGAAGGAUGAAACACUGAAAGAGAAAGAUCAGUUGGAAGAGAGGCGAGGUAAGAUAAGUAAGGAGAAAGAGGAAUUGGAUAUCAGUCUUGAACUGAUGAAAAGACAAAGGGAAGACUUGAUGAGCUUGAAGGAUGAAGCAGAAGUACAGACCGAGCCUAUGGAAACAGACUGGAAGGAAAAGCUCACGAGGGAAAGACAACAACUUGAAGAUGUAAAGGAGGAGAUACAGAAGGAAAAAGAAGCCUUUGAGAGAAAGAAGGGAUUGACCAUGAAAGAAAGAGAUGAGUUUGAUCUGAUGAAGUCUGAAACCCAGGGACAAUUGGAGGAAAUAGAACAAAACAAACAAGACAUUCGUGUGGAGAAGGAAAAGCUGGAUCAGAUCAAAGCUGAGUUAGAAAGACGGUCUGAAGACAUCAAUCAGCUCAUGGAUGAGACAAGACAGGAGAGGGGGAAGGUUGAAGAACUGGCUAUCCAAACUCAAAAACAAAGAGAAGAAAUGGUGGGUUUUAUGGAAAAGAACAAACAAAAGCAGAACGAACUGGAACUCAUGACUGACAAGAUUGAAAGAGAGAAACGAGACAUCGAAGACAGUCGGGAUGUGCUAACAAAGGAGAGAGAGGAGCUGGAACAAAUGAGGAGUGAGAUACAGCAACAGAGAGAGGAGACAGAAUCUCACAUGGAAGACCAAAGGAAAGAGAAAGAACAUUUGGAACAAAUGACGACGGACAUGAAAAAACAGUUGCUAGAGGUGGACAAUGACAAGGAAAUGAUACAAAGCUCAAUGGGUGAACUGAGAGUGAAAGAGGCAGAAAUGGUGAGAGAAAAAGACAACAUGGAUAACAAGAUGGCUAGGCUCAAAGAGGAAGAGGAUAGAAUGCGGGAAGAAAUAGGAAGGAAGAUGGACAUCUUAAAGCAGGAAAGUUGUGAAAUCAAAAGACUUAGAGAUGAAAUUGACAGUGAAAAGGACCAGCUGUAUGCAAAAUUGCUUGAGUUGGAAAAAAUGCAUGAAGAACUAGAUAGAGAGAAGAAGGAAGUGAAAGACAGGAAGGAUGAAACACUGAAAGAGAAAGAUCAGUUGGAAGAGAGGCGAGGUAAGAUAAGUAAGGAGAAAGAGGAAUUGGAUAUCAGUCUUGAACUGAUGAAAAGACAAAGGGAAGACUUGAUGAGCUUGAAGGAUGAAGCAGAAGUACAGACCGAGCCUAUGGAAACAGACUGGAAGGAAAAGCUCACGAGGGAAAGACAACAACUUGAAGAUGUAAAGGAGGAGAUACAGAAGGAAAAAGAAGCCUUUGAGAGAAAGAAGGGAUUGACCAUGAAAGAAAGAGAUGAGUUUGAUCUGAUGAAGUCUGAAACCCAGGGACAAUUGGAGGAAAUAGAACAAAACAAACAAGACAUUCGUGUGGAGAAGGAAAAGCUGGAUCAGAUCAAAGCUGAGUUAGAAAGACGGUCUGAAGACAUCAAUCAGCUCAUGGAUGAGACAAGACGGGAGAGGGGGAAGGUUGAAGAACUGGCUAUCCAAACUCAAAAACAAAGAGAAGAAAUGGUGGGUUUUAUGGAAAAGAACAAACAAAAGCAGAACGAACUGGAUCUCAUGACUGACAAGAUUGAAAGAGAGAAACAAGACAUCGAAGACAGUCGGGAUGUGCUAACAAAGGAGAGAGAGGAGCUGGAACAAAUGAGGAGUGAGAUACAGCAACAGAGAGAGGAGACAGAAUCUCACAUGGAAGACCAAAGGAAAGAGAAAGAACAUUUGGAACAAAUGACGACGGACAUGAAAAAACAGUUGCUAGAGGUGGACAAUGACAAGGAAAUGAUACAAAGCUCAAUGGGUGAACUGAGAGUGAAAGAGGCAGAAAUGGUGAGAGAAAAAGACAACAUGGAUAACAAGAUGGCUAGGCUCAAAGAGGAAGAGGAUAGAAUGCGGGAAGAAAUAGGAAGGAAGAUGGACAUCUUAAAGCAGGAAAGUUGUGAAAUCAAAAGACUUAGAGAUGAAAUUGACAGUGAAAAGGACCAGCUGUAUGCAAAAUUGCUUGAGUUGGAAAAAAUGCAUGAAGAACUAGAUAGAGAGAAGAAGGAAGUGAAAGACAGGAAGGAUGAAACACUGAAAGAGAAAGAUCAGUUGGAAGAGAGGCGAGGUAAGAUAAGUAAGGAGAAAGAGGAAUUGGAUAUCAGUCUUGAACUGAUGAAAAGACAAAGGGAAGACUUGAUGAGCUUGAAGGCUGAAGCAGAAGUACAGACCGAGCCUAUGGAAACAGACUGGAAGGAAAAGCUCACGAGGGAAAGACAACAACUUGAAGAUGUAAAGGAGGAGAUACAGAAGGAAAAAGAAGCCCUUGAGAGAAAGAAGGGAUUGACCAUGAAAGAAAGAGAUGAGUUUGAUCUGAUGAAGUCUGAAACCCAGGGACAAUUGGAGGAAAUAGAACAAAACAAACAAGACAUUCGUGUGGAGAAGGAAAAGCUGGAUCAGAUCAAAGCUGAGUUAGAAAGACGGUCUGAAGACAUCAAUCAGCUCAUGGAUGAGACAAGACGGGAGAGGGGGAAGGUUGAAGAACUGGCUAUCCAAACUCAAAAACAAAGAGAAGAAAUGGUGGGUUUUAUGGAAAAGAACAAACAAAAGCAGAACGAACUGGAUCUCAUGACUGACAAGAUUGAAAGAGAGAAACAAGACAUCGAAGACAGUCGGGAUGUGCUAACAAAGGAGAGAGAGGAGCUGGAACAAAUGAGGAGUGAGAUACAGCAACAGAGAGAGGAGACAGAAUCUCACAUGGAAGACCAAAGGAAAGAGAAAGAACAUUUGGAACAAAUGACGACGGACAUGAAAAAACAGUUGCUAGAGGUGGACAAUGACAAGGAAAUGAUACAAAGCUCAAUGGGUGAACUGAGAGUGAAAGAGGCAGAAAUGGUGAGAGAAAAAGACAACAUGGAUAACAAGAUGGCUAGGCUCAAAGAGGAAGAGGAUAGAAUGCGGGAAGAAAUAGGAAGGAAGAUGGACAUCUUAAAGCAGGAAAGUUGUGAAAUCAAAAGACUUAGAGAUGAAAUUGACAGUGAAAAGGACCAGCUGUAUGCAAAAUUGCUUGAGUUGGAAAAAAUGCAUGAAGAACUAGAUAGAGAGAAGAAGGAAGUGAAAGACAGGAAGGAUGAAACACUGAAAGAGAAAGAUCAGUUGGAAGAGAGGCGAGGUAAGAUAAGUAAGGAGAAAGAGGAAUUGGAUAUCAGUCUUGAACUGAUGAAAAGACAAAGGGAAGACUUGAUGAGCUUGAAGGCUGAAGCAGAAGUACAGACCGAGCCUAUGGAAACAGACUGGAAGGAAAAGCUCACGAGGGAAAGACAACAACUUGAAGAUGUAAAGGAGGAGAUACAGAAGGAAAAAGAAACCUUUGAGAGAAAGAAGGGAUUGACCAUGAAAGAAAGAGAUGAGUUUGAUCUGAUGAAGUCUGAAACCCAGGGACAAUUGGAGGAAAUAGAACAAAACAAACAAGACAUUCGUGUGGAGAAGGAAAAGCUGGAUCAGAUCAAAGCUGAGUUAGAAAGACGGUCUGAAGACAUCAAUCAGCUCAUGGAUGAGACAAGACGGGAGAGGGGGAAGGUUGAAGAACUGGCUAUCCAAACUCAAAAACAAAGAGAAGAAAUGGUGGGUUUUAUGGAAAAGAACAAACAAAAGCAGAACGAACUGGAUCUCAUGACUGACAAGAUUGAAAGAGAGAAACAAGACAUCGAAGACAGUCGGGAUGUGCUAACAAAGGAGAGAGAGGAGCUGGAACAAAUGAGGAGUGAGAUACAGCAACAGAGAGAGGAGACAGAAUCUCACAUGGAAGACCAAAGGAAAGAGAAAGAACAUUUGGAACAAAUGACGACGGACAUGAAAAAACAGUUGCUAGAGGUGGACAAUGACAAGGAAAUGAUACAAAGCUCAAUGGGUGAACUGAGAGUGAAAGAGGCAGAAAUGGUGAGAGAAAAAGACAACAUGGAUAACAAGAUGGCUAGGCUCAAAGAGGAAGAGGAUAGAAUGCGGGAAGAAAUAGGAAGGCAGAUGGACAUCUUAAAGCAGGAAAGUUGUGAAAUCAAAAGACUUAGAGAUGAAAUUGACAGUGAAAAGGACCAGCUGUAUGCAAAAUUGCUUGAGUUGGAAAAAAUGCAUGAAGAACUAGAUAGAGAGAAGAAGGAAGUGAAAGACAGGAAGGAUGAAACACUGAAAGAGAAAGAUCAGUUGGAAGAGAGGCGAGGUAAGAUAAGUAAGGAGAAAGAGGAAUUGGAUAUCAGUCUUGAACUGAUGAAAAGACAAAGGGAAGACUUGAUGAGCUUGAAGGCUGAAGCAGAAGUACAGACCGAGCCUAUGGAAACAGACUGGAAGGAAAAGCUCACGAGGGAAAGACAACAACUUGAAGAUGUAAAGGAGGAGAUACAGAAGGAAAAAGAAGCCCUUGAGAGAAAGAAGGGAUUGACCAUGAAAGAAAGAGAUGAGUUUGAUCUGAUGAAGUCUGAAACCCAGGGACAAUUGGAGGAAAUAGAACAAAACAAACAAGACAUUCGUGUGGAGAAGGAAAAGCUGGAUCAGAUCAAAGCUGAGUUAGAAAGACGGUCUGAAGACAUCAAUCAGCUCAUGGAUGAGACAAGACGGGAGAGGGGGAAGGUUGAAGAACUGGCUAUCCAAACUCAAAAACAAAGAGAAGAAAUGGUGGGUUUUAUGGAAAAGAACAAACAAAAGCAGAACGAACUGGAACUCAUGACUGACAAGAUUGAAAGAGAGAAACAAGACAUCGAAGACAGUCGGGAUGUGCUAACAAAGGAGAGAGAGGAGCUGGAACAAAUGAGGAGUGAGAUACAGCAACAGAGAGAGGAGACAGAAUCUCACAUGGAAGACCAAAGGAAAGAGAAAGAACAUUUGGAACAAAUGACGACGGACAUGAAAAAACAGUUGCUAGAGGUGGACAAUGACAAGGAAAUUAUACAAAGCUCAAUGGGUGAACUGAGAGUGAAAGAGGCAGAAAUGGUGAGAGAAAAAGACAACAUGGAUAACAAGAUGGCUAGGCUCAAAGAGGAAGAGGAUAGAAUGCGGGAAGAAAUAGGAAGGAAGAUGGACAUCUUAAAGCAGGAAAGUUGUGAAAUCAAAAGACUUAGAGAUGAAAUUGACAGUGAAAAGGACCAGCUGAAUGCAAAAUUGCUUGAGUUGGAAAAAAUGCGUGAAGAACAAGAUAGAGAGAAGAAGGAAGUGAAAGACAGGAAGGAUGAAACACUGAAAGAGAAAGAUCAGUUGGAAGAGAGGCGAGGUAAGAUAAGUAAGGAGAAAGAGGAAUUGGAUAUCAGUCUUGAACUGAUGAAAAGACAAAGGGAAGACUUGACGAGCUUGAAGGCUGAAGCAGAAGUACAGACCGAACCUAUGGAAACAGACUGGAAGGAAAAGCUCACGAUGGAAAGACAACAACUUGAAGAUGUAAAGGAGGAGAUACAGAAGGAAAAAGAAACCUUUGAGAGAAAGAAGGGAUUGACCAUGAAAGAAAGAGAUGAGUUUGAUCUGAUGAAGUCUGAAACCCAGGGACAAUUGGAGGAAAUAGAACAAAACAAACAAGACAUUCGUGUGGAGAAGGAAAAGCUGGAUCAGAUCAAAGCUGAGUUAGAAAGACGGUCUGAAGACAUCAAUCAUGUCAUGGAUGAGACAAGACGGGAGAGGGGGAAGGUUGAAGAACUGGCUAUCCAAACUCAAAAACAAAGAGAAGACAUGGUGGGUUUUAUGGAAAAGAACAAACAAAAGCAGAACGAACUGGAACUCAUGAAUGACAAGAUUGAAAGAGAGAAACAAGACAUCGAAGACAGUCGGGAUGUGCUAACAAAGGAGAGAGUGGAGCUGGAACAAAUGAGGAGUGAGAUACAGCAACAGAGAGAGGAGACAGAAUCUCACAUGGAAGACCAAAGGAAAGAGAAAGAGCAUUUGGAACAAAUGACGACGGACAUGAAAAAACAGUUGCUAGAGGUGGACAAUGACAAGGAAAUGAUACAAAGUUCAAUGGGUGAACUGAGAGUGAAAGAGGCAGAAAUGGUGAGAGAAAAAGACAACAUGGAUAACAAGAUGGCUAGGCUCAAUGAGGAAGAGGAUAGAAAGCGGGAAGAAAUAGGAAGGAAAAUGGACAUCUUAAAGCAGGAAAGUUGUGAAAUCACAAGACUUAGAGAUGAAAUUGACAGUGAAAAGGACCAGCUGAAUGCAAAAUUGCUUGAGUUGGAAAAAAUGCGUGAAGAACUAGAUAGACAGAAGAAGGAAGUGAAAGACAGGAAGGAUGAAACACUGAAAGAGAAAGAUCAGUUGGAAGAGAGGCGAGGUAAGAUAAGUAAGGAGAAAGAGGAAUUGGAUAUCAGUCUUGAACUGAUGAAAAGACAAAGGGAAGACUUGACGAGCUUGAAGGCUGAAGCAGAAGUACAGACCGAACCUAUGGAAACAGACUGGAAGGAAAAGCUCACGAGGGAAAGACAACAACUUCAAGAUGUAAAGGAGGAGAUACAGAAGGAAAAAGAAACCUUUGAGAGAAAGAAGGGAUUGACCAUGAAAGAAAGAGAUGAGUUUGAUCUGAUGAAGUCUGAAACCCAGGGACAAUUGGAGGAAAUAGAACAAAACAAACAAGACAUUCGUGUGGAGAAGGAAAAGCUGGAUCAGAUCAAAGCUGAGUUAGAAAGACGGUCUGAAGACAUCAAUCAUGCUCAUGGAUGAGACAAGACGGGAGAGGGGGAAGGUUGAAGAACUGGCUAUCCAAACUCAAAAACAAAGAGAAGACAUGGUGGGUUUUAUGGAAAAGAACAAACAAAAGCAGAACGAACUGGAACUCAUGAAUGACAAGAUUGAAAGAGAGAAACAAGACAUCGAAGACAGUCGGGAUGUGCUAACAAAGGAGAGAGUGGAGCUGGAACAAAUGAGGAGUGAGAUACAGCAACAGAGAGAGGAGACAGAAUCUCACAUGGAAGACCAAA